AUGCCUUCCUUCAUUGUUGUUGAAAAAUCUAUGUUCAUAAACCACAUUAAGAAUUUCAUAAGUUAUUAUAUCAAGCAAAUGGCACGUCCAAUUGAAGAUGUUAGGGAUACCAAUGACUUCAAAGAUUUGUGGAAGAUUGCUGUUAGGAUUAGAGAUUUGUGGUUUGUCAAAAGUGUCUCUAACAAAGAGCAUUUGAAAAUGGUUUUAGUUGAUGCAAAGUGCGACAUGACCCAAGUAAUUAUACAAUCACAUUUGAUUUUGAAGCACAAGCCUACAUUUAUAGUUGGAAAUACCUACAUCAUGCAUAAUUUCAAGGUUUCCAAUAAUGAUUUUUCCUUCAAAGAAACCACUUAUAGUUUUAAGUUGCUAUUUUAUGGUACAACUUUUGCAAAAGUUAUAGACUUUCCCGACAAUUCGCUAAAAUUUUUGAAAUUAAUUAGUUUGACAUCCAUUAUUGCGGGGAGGUUUCAAUCUGAUUUUUUAGUUGGUAUUAUUGGAGGAGUUACUGAAAUCAUUCAUAUCCAAAUGAAUGCUGAGAACCAUAAGUACAAAGUUGUCUUUGCUAUAACUGAUAUGAGUUGGGAUAUUCUUACAUCACAACUCUACAAUUACUACAACAAUAACAAGGAUCUUGAUAAUGUUAUUGUACUAUUACAAAAUGCAAGAGUCAACAUUGAUAAGUUUUUGUGGAAAGCUGAAAUUCUAAGUCUUGCUGAAAUCAACAAUCUUCAGAAUAUAAGUGAGACAACCAAUGCCAUUGUUGCCAUAUUAGAAAAUUUUGAGGUUGGUCAAUCUGAGUGUUAUUAUGAUGGAUGUAGUGAGUUUACUAGAAGUGCUGCACUUAAAUAUGAAAAGUUGAAGUGUUUUACGAAUCAUGAAACUGAUAAACCCAUCCCAAGAUACAAACUUGAAGUUCUGGGUAUGGAUGGAAAAUUCAGGGCAAGGUUUGUCUUUUGGGACAACGAUUGUGUCAAAUUGAUGGGAAAAUUUUCCCUUGAGCUGAAGAGGGAGUUGAUUGAGAUCUCUGAGCCUUCGUUGCAGGAUGAACUUUCAAAUUAUGAUCCUACUGGUGAGAAUUCAGCAUGGACAUUGCUUAUUGGAGGAGUUAUUGAAAUCAUUCAGAUCCAAAUGAAUGUUAAGAACCAUAAGUACAAAGUUGUCUUUGCCAUAAAUGAUAUGAGUAAGUCUUUGGUUCAAUGUACUAUUUGGGGUAUUCUUACAUCACAACUCUACAAUUACUACAACAGUAACAAGGAUCUUGAUAAUGUUAUUGUACUAUUACAAAAUGCAAGAGUCAAGUGA